AUGCCCGUCGAACUACCAGUAGCUCCAGUAACAUCAGACGAUCGUAAGAAGAAGGACAAGAAGAACGACGACGACAAUACGGCGUCGGGGAGCCGCCCAGGUGCCCCAGGCAAGGAUGGCAAGCCAGAUGAAGAGGAGCUCUCUGAAGAGGACCAGGCGUUGAAAAAUGAGCUAGAGAUGCUCGUCGAGCGCCUCCAGGAAUCAGACACCCGUCUAUAUAAGCCUGCUCUCGAAGCGUUACGAACACUCAUCCGGACAUCGACGUCCAGCAUGACCUCCGUCCCAAAACCACUCAAGUUUCUACGUCCCGUAUAUCCAUCACUACAAACUCUAUACGAGACAUGGCCAGCGUCGAGUGACAAAGCGCUCUUUGCGGAAAUCCUAUCUGUGCUCGCGAUGACCUAUUCGGAUACGCAACCGCGAGGCACGCUCAAGUAUCGUCUUCUCAGUGACGAGAUUACAGGUGGUGAGAAGAGCGAUCCAGGUUCGUGGGGUCACGAAUACGUACGGCACAUCGCCGCCGAGCUCGGUACCGAAUACAACAUGCGAAAGGAGGCAGGCGAACCAACAGGGGACUUGGUGGCGCUCUCGACGACGUGUGCAAAGUUUCUGCUUCAGCACAAUGCGGAAGCAGAUGCCGUCGACUUGCUCGAAGAGCUGGAAUCCAUCUCGGCCAUCGUCGACCUCGUAGAUGCAAACACGUUUGGUCGCGUGUGUCUUUACAUGGUCUCAUGUGUCAACUUUCUCGCGCCUCCGGACGAUGUCACCUUUUUGGAGACAGCACACACACUAUAUGUCAAGUAUUCCAAGUUUCCUGAGGCGUUGGCCCUAUCCAUCCGACUCUACAAUCCAGAUCUCAUCCGUGCCGACUUUAAUGCCCCAGCGAAUCCGUUGAUGAAGCGUCAGCUUGCGUUUAUCAUUGCCCGAGCGGGUAUUCCACUUGAUUGGGUCAUUGAUCUCUCCGACGAUGAUUCCGUCGAACCAGAUCUCAAGGAGUGCCUGAUGAACGCCAAACUUUCCACGCACUUUAAAGCGUUUGGAAAGGACGUUGGGGCGUUGGAGCCAAAGUCGCUCGAAGACAUUUACAAAUCGCAUCUCGAACAGAACCGACUUGCGACUGGACCAGGUGGCGACUCGGCGCGGGCGAACCUUGCGGGAACAUUUGUCAAUGCCUUUGUCAAUGCUGGGUUUGGAAACGACAAGUUGAUGGCCAAGGCAGAGGCUGGAGACUCGUGGGUGUACAAGAACAAGGAUCAUGGUGUCACCAGCGCUGCUGCGUCGCUGGGCAUGUGUGUUCUAUGGGACACGGAAGAAGGCUUGACAGAAGUCGACAAGUACACCUACCUCAACGAUGAAAAGAUCAAGGGAGGCGCUCUCAUGGCUACCGGGAUGCUCCAUUGCAAUGUAUGGGACGAGAACGAAGCCAUUAUUGCCCUCUUGGAGGAAUCCGUGGCGGAGAAGAGUGCCCUGUUGAGGAAAAGCGCCAUUGUUGGGCUCGGCAUGGCGUAUGUUGGGACCCACAAGGAGCGCAUCUUGGAAUUGCUAUUGCCAGUAGUCUCAGACGAGACACAGUCUAUGGAGAUUGCGUCGCUAGCGGCGCUGUCCAUCGGAUUCACCUUUGUUGGCAGUUGCAACGGCGACAUUGCUACGACGAUUGUUCAAGCGCUCAUGGAGAGAGCCGAGGCGGAUCCAAACCAACUUGACGAAAAGUUUACCCGCUUUAUGUUGCUCGGACUCGGACUCCUCUUCAUCGGCGGCCAAGACAAGUCGGACGUCAUCAUAGAAACGCUGAAGAUUAUUCAACACCCAUGUUCAAAGCAGGCCCAGGUCAUUGUGGAGAUGUGCUCGUUUGCUGGAACCAGCAAUGUGCUCAACGUACAGAGUAUGCUUCACUACUGCACAGAAGUAAACGACAAGGAGAAUGGCGGUGAUGAUAUCUAUCAGGCAUACGCCGUAAUGGGCAUUGCACUUACCGCAAUGGGUGAAGAUGUCGGCGCUGAGAUGGCGUUGCGCACGUUCAGCAACCUGAUGCACUAUGGCGAGCCUACUGUACGACGGUCUGUUCCUCUGGCGCUUGCACUGUUGAGUGCGUCGAAUCCACAAGUCGGCCUCAUCGACACUCUAUCCAAGUACUCUCACGACUCGGACAUUGGCGUCGCAAUGAAUGCCAUCCUCGCCAUGGGCUUCAUUGGCGCAGGCACCAACAAUGCUCGUCUAGCGCAGAUGCUUCGACAACUUGCCGUGUACUACCAUCGCGAACCGGAUGCGCUUUUCAUUGUCCGAGUAGCGCAAGGAAUACUGCACAUGGGCAAAGGAACUAUUACCAUCAACCCAUUCUAUAGUGACCGCACUAUCAUGAACAAGAAUGCCAUUGCUGGACUCCUGUCAACAUUGCUGGCGUUUUCGGACGCGAAGAACUUCAUUCUGUCCGAUUCGCAUUGGAUGCUCUUCUGGCUCAUCACGGCGAUGCAGCCACGGUUCAUGAUGACGUUGGACGAAAACUUGGAGAUGUUGCCAGUGACAGUGCGGGUUGGUCAGGCCGUCGAUGUGGUUGGCCAGGCGGGCAAGCCCCGAACAAUCUCUGGCUUCCAGACACACCAGUCUCCUGUCCGACUUGGCUACGGAGACCGAGCGGAGCUAGGGACGGAAGAGUACCUCAGCUUUGCGAGCGUGCUAGAAGGCUUGGUGAUCCUGACCAAGAACCCAGGGUACGAAGAAGAAGGAAGAAUGGAGCUGUAA